CUUAGUUUGUUGGUUAGGUUCUUCAAACCUUUCAUAACUUUGACACAGAAUACAACACUAUACUUUCCCUCUAUAAAAGUUGCAGUGGAGUAGAACAGAAUUUCCGUAUCACAAUCGAAUUUCUCAUUAAUCUUUCAAAAUUCAAAAUAUAUGAGUACAUGCUGCACCAACAUUGACAAAUUUGAAAAAGAAUAUUCCACAUAUUUACUACAUUUAUAGAGCCUAUGCUGAUAAUCCAGGAAUUUUUGGAACGACUAAAAACAUUUUUAGAUGGGCCAUUUAACAUGCGCGGUCAAGUCGUUUUCAACCAGCGGCAUUAAACAACCAACGUGGCCGUUGAUUGUUCCUCAAUUGGACUGGUUCCAGUUUAGACGUAGCAUUUUUAGGGCCGUAUUUUCUUAAAAUAUGUUCAGAUUUCGUUAAAUAUGUUAUGAGAAAACGAGUUGGAGAUCACUGUUUAGAAAGUAAAAGGCGAGUGGGUGAAAUUUAAAGGCAUGCGCGGAAGAUUAUUCCCAUCUCUACGAAAAUGUAGCCGAGGCGCAUCAAUUUUUAUCGUACUAAGGCAACUACAUUAUCAAUAGCUGUAUGGAAUCUUUUUGAGGUUUUACCAGAUUGGACAUACCUCGGCCUUGCAGACAGAAGUAUAAAUUGCACAAAAAUAACAAAGUUUACAUAUGUCAUAUUAAUAAUUCGUUAUAAUAAUCUACCUCUAGCUUUUCCUAAAAAAAACUUCACUCUCGCAUUCGUCUCGUAACGACUAAUCAAAAUUUUCCAAAUUGACAUUUGAUUUUUGUUUUUAUUACCAAAUUUCCCUAGCUACAAGAAAACUCGUAGCCAUAAUAAAUAACAACUUAGUACAAUUUUGAUUAUUGAUCAAACCCACUUGAAUCCAGUUGCAUUUAGUCGAUUUUAAAAUGGAAUCGUUGCAAUCUGAAUUAAAAAAGCAUUCUUUGGUGAUAUAUCCUCCUCCUCCGGCAAGGUACUCCCUCACUGAGUGGCAUUUAAAGAACAGGUAUCGGGAGAGAUGUUGCCUAGAUCAACAAAAAUUGGCGAAUUCCAUAAUUGCCGAGGCAGAUAGGUUAAAAGAUGAACUUCGGGAAAAAACGGACCUCAACAAAAAAGAAUCUGAUCAGAAAAUCGAAGAACGAAAGCGUGAAAUAGAGUUCAAUACGGAUGAAAUUAAAAGGCAGAGAAAAGAUGUGUGCAUCGAAAUCGAGAGUUUGAAGACGCACAUGCAAAGAAUUCAAGAUUGCCAAAAUGCAAUUGGAAGAAACGCUCUCGAAAUUUGUCGCAAAUGCAUUAUACUUAGGGAAGGUAGAAUUGGCAUCGAUAUGUGUUACGACGAUGUGGAGCGAGAGCUCAAAAGGGAACUGGAAGUAAUCGAAGGAACGCAAAAAAUGCUGCAAAGAGCAUUAGAACAAGCGAAUGAACAAGUGAGAAGACUUAAAUCCACCAAAUAUUUUAUGGACAGAGAUUUAGAAGACAAAGAAAGAGUCUUUAAAAUCGAUUGCCACAAUAGCACCUUACGAGAGACAAGUCUAAACCUUAGCAUUUAUCACGGACUGUCUCCUUUAAACAGGGGUGUUGUUUUCAGAAAUAUCACUCUAGAAGAAUGGGAAGAGUUUACCAAAAAUAAUAUCGAAAAAGCGGCCAAAGAAAUAAAUUCUGCGAGACAUCUUUGUAGCUAUACCGAAAUUUUAAUCAAGCAGGCUGUUGACGACUUGAGGAACCAGUGUCACGCGGUAAAUGAAGCAUUUAAGAUGCGCAUAGAUGAAAUAAAAGACGCGAAAAGGAAAAUGGAAGUCCAACAUUGUGAGAUUGUCAAACAAGUCAAUGAAAUAACUAAAACAUUGACUGGAUUGGAGAAAAGUUUAAAGGAAAAAGAAGGUUAUAUGGCUCUGGCCCAUACAAGACUCGGCAACCGAGUCCAAAGACCUGGCAUGGAAUUGUGCAAAGAUUUUGUUGAAAUAUCACUAUCAAAUGAAGUUGCCGAAAUACGGAGGGAUUGCGCUGCUUUACAACAUAUGUUGGCUGAGACGCAGGCCUCAUUGCGCUAUUUGCUUAAAACUCAGAUUCAACUCGAAGAAGACUUAAACGUGAAAACCAAUUCCUUGAAAAUUGACGAAGUGGACUGCAUGGCUUUACGGCAAAAUUUGGAUUAUCACGCAUUUUAAUGGGCAACAAUGAUAUCUACCUAUUAACAAGUGUUUUACUUUCAUCUUGACUAGAUCCUGAGCCAUUUUCGACAAUUUUGAAGGUGUCUUAUUUAUUCAUAAAAACAAUCCAUUCAGUUGACCACAACUAAAUAUAUUAACAUCCAAAAUAGUAAUUUGUACAAUUAACCAAAACUACCAGUACGCGACCUACUUGUUCGUAAUGCUAAAAACUGUAUUUCGAGCAAUACCAUAUUAAGAUCUGUACAUACAAUAGGUUACCUUACUUACGUUUUCCGCACUCCGUGACCCAGUUUCCAACGCGCAUAUCAACAACUUUUAAUCGGUGUAGCGCCGUUCUUUUCUUGUUCACAUAGUGGUUAUUUUAAAUGCACUGCCUUCAGACUAAAUACUUUGUUAUUUUUUUAUUGUAUAAAAUA